UCAAUUUGAAAAAAUAAACUGCUCAUCUGUUUUAGAUUUCUAUUUUCAGACAUUUACAAAAAACAACCCCAAAAAUAUCCGUUAAAAUUAUACAAAAAGUAACCAAAAUGCCGUUUUAUGUAAACAACAACCCUUAUCGAUAUUUUUAGCUAAACAGGUCCCAUCUGUCCCGUAUCCCAGUCGCGUCCUAACUGUAUCGCGCGUCACAUGUGCCCCGCGCUCUCUCGCAUUUCUGAUCGCCUGGUACUUUGUGAACUUGUGUGUGUUAGUUUCAUGUGGGUUCAAGCAAUUCUUGUUUGAUCAACUGAAAAUGAACUAGAGGAGUUGAAACAACAUGGAUCGGAGAUAAUACUAAGAUGUUGGUAAAUAAAGACAAUGUGCUAAGAACUAUAAGAACUGAAUCAUGGUGCGCGGUGGUUGUGUGUGCGGUGCUGGCUGCGCUGGUGAUGGAGACAGCUGCCCUAAAUGGGGACAACGUCUGCAUGGUGAAACAGAAGUACAACAUAACGAAGAGGGUAAAGUAUCGAGCUCCGAUGUCAGUUCGCACAUACGAGUGGUGCUUCUCCAUGCCACCGAGGUGCUCCAAAUGGAACACCGAGAUGAGGGACUUAACGAGGCUCGAGACAGAAGAAAGAAUUGCUGAGGUGGCAGUGUGCUGUCCGGGCUAUAAAAUGAUGGACGUAUCCUGCGUUCCUAUUUGCCCUAACGGAAAAACGGGACCUGGAUGUUCGGAAGAUUGUCCAGAUAACAAAUGGGGUCCAAAUUGCAUUCACGAAUGUAAAAGAUGUAAGAAAGGGUUCUGCUCACCCCUAACGGGUGAAUGCGAGUGUUUAGACGGAUGGCAAGGUGAGAGUUGUGAUGCGAGCAUGCCCCCAACGACAGCAACAACGUCGUUAGAAGAGUUACUAACAGUAUUUAGUACUAAAACUACUACUCUUAAUACUACUCCUAGAGUCGAAACGCCUAGGACAACGCUGGCCACUCCUAUAACUACUGUACAUAUUCCUAGUACUCGAGCAACGACUCGUAGCACUCCGGUAACUACUCCUAAAACUACAGUUACUCAAUCUGUGACCACAGCAACUACUUCUGCGCCUACAGUAACUACUUCUACAGCAAAAAUCACGACUGUACCUAUUACAAGUCCUCCAUCUACAAGUCCUUUCUUAACCACCACUUUAUCGAGCACAACGCAAGUACUAACCACACAAACUGAGAAGAAAACCGAAGUAACACCUUUAAUAACUUCAACAGAAGUUCCAAAAAAAAUUGACGUAAAGGAUAACAUUACGUUGUUUAUUACUAGCACUGAAAAAGUUUUUCCAACUACUAGUGCAACAACGCAGAAGAUCGAACUCACUUCAAUUGAGAAUAGAACUGAGACAACGGAAACACCUCCAACAACAGAAUCAAUCAUUGUAAUCAAAACUGUACCUACGGUAAAUGUGCAACAAAAACCUUUAGAGAUUAUUACCACUACAGAGAAGACAAAAACGACAAUUCCACCAACAACAUUGAAGGAAACAACAAUUAAACUUGAACAAACAAAAAAGGAGACCACAAUACGAAUUCUGCCAACAACCGUGAAAUUUAAACCAAAAGAAAUAUGGAUCAGGCCAGCUCAAAAAGGUGAAUCUCCUAUUGUUGAAACAAAGAUUAAAACCACUCAUGAAUUUCCAAAGUACAGAAGUGCUAUCAACAAUAAUAAAGAGCUGACUCCAGUGAUAACAACACCGAAGACCAUAAUCGUGUCUAUAAUACCAACAUCGGUGUCGUAUUCAACAUUCAAAAAGAUUGCUUUGACUUCGUCGUAUAUGUCAACCAAGAGCAACUCAUCAGUAAUUUCAGAUAAUAGAACAGAACAUGAAUUUACAAAACCUAUGGUCGUUGUAACUUCAACACCUUUAGCAAAACUGAGUACACUUUCAAAGAAAGACUUGAUAUCUACAAAAUAUUUUACAAAAUCGUCACAUUUAGCCAGCACUUCUGUUACUCCUAAAGAACCUUCAACUAAAUUAGUUACUUUAGUAACAAAAUCUUCAGAAGUAACUAAAACUAUAUCUCACAUUAAUAGAACUAACAGCAUGAUGACUGAUAUUAACCAGAAUGUUUCUUCAACUUCUUCACCAAUAACUUCUUCUUAUACGAUAAGAACUACGUUGAAACAGAAAGAUUCACCUACAAACCUCACCACUAGACAUUUUAAGUCUUCCAGUACCGCACAAUCUUCAACUGAGAGAACAACUAAACACUUUGUAAAACACGUAACGCAUAAGAAAGUGAUCGUAGCACCAGUAACAAAACAUAUAAUUACGACUAAUACGCCAAAGACAGUAGAAACAGAAUUUAAAAAGGCUAAUGUUUCUAACAAUAAUCAAAUCAAAGCCAUCACAGAUGGACCGAUGGAUGAUGAAGAAUUUCAUAUUUUGACAGAGCCCGAACAUAUAACAGCAGUUAUGGGAGAAAAGGGGACAGAAAGAUCAUCAGUUGACUUAAUAUCAGUGAUAAGUAUAGCAGGAGGAGUUAUGAUGGCGGUCAUCACUGUAGCAGUGAUUAUUGUAAUGAUAGAGAGGUGUAAGAAGCCGAGAUACGACGACGUAAGGAAAAUUAAUGAUAUUAGAAUGCAGGUGAUGAUAGAUAAUAAUGAUGUGCCGCCUCCAUAUGUAAGAAGCAUAUUUCACACACCUUUACCUGAUCCACCUAACUUAGAAAAAUGUCAUUAUCAACCAAUAUCGACUUUGGACAGGAAUUUAAAGCAAUUUAUGAGACCGGUCGUCGUUCAAACAAUUUCUCCCAUUAUGUUAGAAAAUUUCAGAGGUAUUCUUGAGUGUCAUUAUGAUCAUUUACCAAGGAGGAGCCAUGAUUUCGAAACAAUUCGGACCCGUUCUUCAAUAGCGCCAUCUAUGAACGACUGUGGUGAACUACGUCAUCUUCGGACUAGCAUGACUGAGUCGGCAAUCGAAGCAAUGAAAUGCGAAGCCAAACUUGAUGUGAUAGACAACACGACAUCGGAACCACUUUAUGCCGAGAUUCCGUGUUGGCGACCACCUUCAGAACAUGCGAUUGAAAUAAUGAACUUAAAUGGAGAAGCCAUUACUGAGUUAUGACCGCCAUGUUCGGUUAAAGUUUACCAGCUGUUCUCCAGUGUUCCAACAGAUGGCGCUUGAGCGUACAAUACCACCAAAGAUUAAUAAUUAUUGUUUGUGUGAAAUAGCUAUUAAUUAUAUUAUUUUUUAAUUGUAAUGAAUGUAAUUGAGUCGUGAAUAAAUUAUGAGAAUCAAA